AUGCAUGCAAAGCACAAUGUUGCUGGGCAGGGGACCUCCCCGCCUCCAGGAUACUUUCAGACGCAUGCAGGUUCACAGCUUCAACCCACGCGCCACCGUCUUUCCACACACCUCAGCGGAGAUGAGCACGGCAUCAAACACAUUGUCCAGCCCCAGCUCUCUCAGUAUGGGGCGCAGCCGGGUGUCGAAGUUGGAGACCAGGCCCAGCUUGGUCCCUGA